GCAGAAAUUAAUUAUUUCCAAUUCCUUACUUUGGUCGCACACAAUUUGAAAAUUAUUUUUCAUGUCCCAAUCGAGUUGCAGUCUCGUUUCGAUGUUAUUAUUUUGGUCGCGCUAAUGGUUUCCAAGAUGGUCAAGGUACUAAGAGCCCUGACUACCAAGAAACAAAUGAAAAGGACUGGAUAAUCUUUGUUGAAAAGUUGAAGUUUAUUACAAUUUUUAAUGCCUAGAAAUACACCAUCCAAGAUGGAAAGAUUAAAAGAGGAUUUUACAAGACCCGUUCAUUAUAUAAGAAGCUUAAGUAUGGAAGAACUUUCAUCAAUUGCCCGUGAAAUUUAUUCACCCAGAACAAGAGAACCAUUUUACCAAGCAGAUGAAGGCUGCAAAAGAAAAUUUCUUGACAGUUUUAUGAGUCUGAGUUUAAAAAAUCCAGAAAGUGCAACCCUGAAAAAUUGUUAUCAUAGCUGGCCAAAAGCAAGUUUUAGGAAGAAAAAAUAUAGAAGAAAUUCAUGCAAAGACAAUGGAAAUGAGAGCCUUAUGCCAGCAAAUUUGGUGAUUAAUGGGCAAGCACAGAAACGGGAACAUCUAGGGAGUGAUCUGGUUUAUAGCAAAACAGCUGGGAAGGUUUGUGCUAAUCAGGAAAGUUGUCAGUUUACAGCAAGUCCAUUUUAUGAUACUCAAAGCAAAGGGAAUGAUUCUGUUUCUAGAAUCCAACAAGACUGGCCAAUUUUGAACAAAAAAGGAAUUAAAUCAGUUGUUGUAAAUAGUGAAAGUUUUGAAAUACGUAAUCUUGAAGCUGCUGUUUCGAUCAAAGCAAAAAAUAAUUUGAUGCGCAGAUAUGACAUCCCUAGAGAACUAAAGAGUUUGCCAAAAGUGGAAGAAAGUAAACAAGAUUUGUCUAGUAGCUGUGAUAAUCAGAGUGCUAGUCAAAUUUUGUUAUUUGUAGAAAAGGAUGAGGAUGACAACAAAGAAUUACAUUUAGAUUUGAGAGAAAGCAGGAAAUUUGAACCUGGUGCUUUAAGAGACUCUCCUUGGGAAGCAGAUGCAGGUUGUAUUUCAAAAAGAAGUAGUAGUUUACAGUGCAAGCAAGAAAAUAAAAAAGAGAGGCAGAUUGGUAAACAGAAAGUGAAAGUUGAAAUAUCAAGAAGUGAUGUAAACUCUGGAUGUAAAAACUUAGAGAGACAUCAACUUAUAUCAAGUUCAAAAGAGAAUGAGCCAGAUAUUUCUCAAUGUAGUCAUCGUAUACAUCAUUAUUUUGAAGAUGAAGGCAGUGAAAGUUCUGAUUCAGGUGUUGGAAAUGUGAGAUAUGACAUUUUGACAAAGAAUUGGAAUGAGCAAAAUGUGAGUGGACCCCUGUUCAAAAAGAGAUCAGAGAUAUUAAAGCAUUGGUACUUGCAAUUUGAUGAUGAGCAAAGAAAUAUCACUUUAAAAAUGCUCUUGAGUAACAGUGGCUUGGCACAAAUGCAUAUGCUUUCAGAAAUAAUGGCACCAAUUUUACAUAAAGACUGUCCACCAAAUUGUCAAGAUCUGUUGACAUGGCUACCAGCUGCUGUUAUUUAUCAUAUCUUGAAGUACCUGGAUCCAGUAAGUUUGGCAAGAGCAAGUCAAGUUAACAGAGCAUGGCUGGGUUAUUGUUCUGAUGAGCGGUUAUGGCAAACAUUUUGCAUCUAUCCUGACAUGCAACUCUCACCUACUAGAGAAAGGGAGCAGACAAUUAAGUAUACAAAAACAACGGGUGAAGUACAGUGGAAAAAGGUUUUCAAAGAACGAUACUGUCUACGACGCAACUGGCUGAAUGCGAAAUGCAAGAUCAGAACAUUUCACGGCCAUACUCAAGGUGUUUCAUGUGUUCAGUUUGAUGAGACAAUAAUAGUCAGUGGGUCAUCAGACAAAACUAUCAAGGUAUGGGAUAUCAGCUGCCUGAGAACGUAUCCAAUUUUGACUUUGGUAGGCCACUCUGGUACAGUCCGUUGUUUACAUUUAAAUGGCAACCAACUCGUCAGUGGUUCAGCAGAUACUACCAUCAAGGUCUGGGAUCUUGUGGUUGGUUGUGACUGGAGUAGUGCCGCAUGCAAAGUCACCAUGGUUGGCCAUUCUGAUACCGUUCGCUGUCUGCAGGUUUACCAAAAUAAAGUAGUUAGUGGUUCUUACGACAAAACUCUGAAGAUGUGGGACAUUAAAACCGGAGACUGUAAGGUUACUUUCAGGGGGCACUGUGCUGCAGUUUUAUGCGUUCAAUUUGAUGACGAAAAAAUUGUUUCUGGUUCAGCUGACAGAACCAUUAAGGUAUGGAAUAUCAAAGCUGGAACAUGUCUUACAACCUUAGAAGGCCACAGUGAUGCAGUCACCUGUCUUCAGUUCAAUUUUCAUCGGAUAUUUAGUGGAUCACUUGAUUGCACCUUGAAAUUUUGGGACCUCUGCAACGGCCAGUGCAUAGGAACGAUUGACUGGAUACGUUCAGAAGGUCAUACCAGAGUCGUCAGAUGCCUUCAGGCUGAUAAUUGGAAAAUAGUGAGUGCUGGCGACGACAAAACCUUGAAGAUAUGGAGUUUAGAAACUGGGAAAAGAUUUGUCACGCUACGAAAUCACUCUGAUGGUGUGACUUGCUUGCAAUUCAAUGACCAUAUGAUUGUUUCUGGUUCGUAUGACAAAACUGUCAAGUUAUGGGAUUUUUCACCUAAUAUUGAAGAUAGCUAAUUUAUAUGUGACAGUCAUUCUUGAUGCUUUUAUCCAAAUUAUACGAUUACAAACAAAUCCGAUUUUGAAAAUAUGGUCCAAUGACGCAAA